CCUGGGACAAGGUUCAAGCUGAAUACUGUCCAGGGUCUAAAUGCCAGAGACCUUGCUAAGGAACAAGGAAAAUCUGCCUGUGUAGGGGGUGAGAUGUCAUUCCCUCUCAGAUCUCCUGGCCAAACUGUCUCCAUGCUUUCUUACCUCUGCACUGAUCACUUAUGCUUCAUCACUGCUUGGAACAUCAGCAGAUUGUAUUACAGGAAACAGAAAUAUUCUGAAAACUAAGCCAGGCAGAAGUGGCUAUAAACCAGAUGGGCAGAGGGACCCAGCAGACACCAGCAAAUCCUGUGGCUCAUCACAUUCCACCAGAAGCUUCCAGAAGAGCCCACAGGGAAAACCCUUCAACAAUACUCCUAAGCAACGCAGGGGACACAAACUUGGGAAACACAACAAGAGACUUACUGAACUAUGGCCCAGAGUGACUUCCUCUACCCACAAAACCCAGGGAGGCGACAGGAAGUGAGCCGCCUUCACCAGCAGUUGCUGGACUGCUUGUCUGACAGCUUCCAGGUCACCAACAAGCUCACAGGGGUUCUGAAUACCCACUUGGGUUGCAGGCUGGCCUUCAUUGAAAUGAAAAGCAAUGGAACCAUCAAAGAAAACUGUGACAUCAUUAUCCAAGCUGUGACAAAAAUCCAAAAGGAACUGCAAAAGAUUGACGAGGCACUGAAAGACAAACUGGAGCCAACCCUUUAUAGAAAGCUUCAGGAUAUUAAGGAAAGGGAGACAGAGAAGAUUGCCAUCGUGCAAAAGGUCAUUUCUGUCAUCCUGGGAGAAGCUACAUCCGCAGCCAGUGCAGUGGCCGUUAAACUGGUGGGCUCAAGUGUCACAACUGGCAUCAUUAACAAGCUGGUCUCUGUGCUAGCUCACAUCGGGACGUCUCUCCUUGGAGGCAUUGGUGUUGCAGUGCUCAGCCUCGGGAUAGAUAUGAUCAUUCAAGCCAUCUUGGGAGCAGUGGAGAGAACACAGCUUCAGGCAGCCAUCAAAAGUUAUGAGAAACAUCUGGAGGACUUCCAGGCUGCCUCAGAGAAGUACCACCAUGCCAUCACUGAGGUCACCACUGCAGUGAAGCACCAGUUCAGAUGACCAGUCAGGUGUCUACACUGGGAUAGUCUGUGCUUCCCUCUCUGGCACCAUGCUUAUCUCUUUAGGUUAAUUCUCCAUGUCUCCAACAAUGUGGAUAACCAUAAACAAUUUGGAAUGCUUGGGUCUUGGGUCAGCAGGGAGUGCCCAAACCAGCUCUACUGGACCAUCAGGGGAUAAAGCUCUCUCCAGUUUUCUUACCCUGUUGUCAGAACCACUGAGGUGUAAAGGCAUCAGAGACCAGCAGGCACAGACCAUUGCUUCCUUGUUCCCAGGCAAUGUCCUCAAACAUUCCUGAUAAAUGGAGAGACCAUUCCCAUUACCUGUUUCAAACAUCACUUAUGUCUAAUAAGUCAUACUUAAUAACAUCAGAAUAGACAUGCACAUGUGGCCUUCAAAUAAAAUAGACAUACUUUUAAUAUGUUACCAUCAGAUUAAAUACAAUUGUCUGUAAACUUGGAAAGACUGCAAAACCAUAUCAACAGUUUCUUCCACCAGAUUAAAUACAAUUGCCUGUAAUUUAAAAAAGACUGCAAAAGAACAAAAACAACAUUAUCUUCAAUAAUAAAAGGAAGCAAUGUGCCUGUGAGCUUCUACUCAUUACAAAGUUUAUCUGGAUGGAUUUGGGGAAAAAAUGAGAUAAUAAAAGUUUUGUCUAUAAUGCAGUUAAUAUGGACCAACUGUCUGUCAUGUAUCACUUCAGCAGUCAAACACUCUGGAACACUUUAAAAAACAAGUAAUAAACUGCAGUGAUUCCUGCAUAAAAUACAUUAGUGUGAGGAAAAAGACUCACUCUCCAUUAAGAACUUGUUGAUCAAAGGAAAGUAAGUAAUUUCAAUUUUCCGGGGGUAUAAUUUUAUUCUCAAUACCACCAGAAAGAGGCAGCUCCCUCUGCCUCAGAAAGCAUUAGCAGACCUAUGUUAAUUGCCACCUGAAACCAGAAAAAGGAGAAGCUAUGAAGGCCUAUUGAUCAAACUUAAUUUCUGUAGAGACAGCAUUUGUUUUCUAAACCCUUCAUCCUACCAUUCUCAUUGACCCACUUUUAGGGUCUACUUCAAAAAUCAUUAUAUGUGAGGAUGCUGUGAACAUCCCUGUUAUAGACGUUUUUGUUGUUGUUGUUGUUGUUGUUGUUGU